CCAGUGCUGUGAACCAGGGUGAUCAGGCGCUCUCGGGACUCCCGCCGCGAAGUGGGGAGCUGAACGCCUGGCCCGGAGCUGGCCCCGCAGCAAAGGGCCUGGAGGGAGCUGUCUGCCCCCUCCCGCAUCUCUUUCGGCCGCGGACCGCGGGGAUCCCCGGUUACAAGCGCGCGCGCGCUCCCACACUCACUCUCACACACUCGUCCUCACACACACCAGCCCGGAGCCUGGGCUGCAGAGAGAUCUCUCGGGCGCGCUCAGAGGACUGGGAAGCUGCUGUCGGGAGUGGGGCAGGAAACCGAGCUCUGGCUCUCUGAGGGAGGCGCCCAGGGCUUAAACCGGAGCAUGGGGCCGGAUGAGCACUGACAGUCGCGGCUGCAGCCAUCAGCCCUGGAGAUGACCAGGAGCGGCCACUGCUGAGAACUAUGUGGAGAGAGGCUGCGAGCCCUGCUGCAGAGCCUCCGGCUGGGAUAGCCGCCCCCCGUGGGGGCGAUGCGGGCAGCGCGGGACAGCCAGGGGAGCGCGCGGGGGCCGCAGCAUGCGGAAACCCGCUAAACCCGGUGGCUGCUGAGGCGGCCGAGAUGCUCGUGCGCGCAGCGCGCCCCACUGCAUCCUCGACCUUCUCGGGCUACAGGGACCAUAAGUGGCGACUAUGGGCAGACUGGGCUAUUGGACCCUGCUGGUGCUGCCGGCACUUCUGGUCUGGCGCCAUGCGGCGCAGGGUGCGGCGGCGGAGAAGGGUACCCCGGCGCUGAACAUCGCGGUGCUGCUGGGUCACAGCCACGACGUGACGGAACGUGAACUGCGAAACCUGUGGGGCCCGGAGCAGGCGACUGGGCUGCCCCUGGACGUGAACGUGGUAGCACUGCUGAUGAACCGCACGGACCCCAAGAGCCUCAUCACACAUGUGUGCGACCUCAUGUCCGGGGCGCGCAUCCACGGCCUGGUGUUUGGGGACGACACCGACCAGGAGGCCGUGGCCCAGAUGCUGGAUUUUAUCUCCUCACAGACCUUCAUCCCCAUCCUGGGCAUCCACGGGGGCGCAUCUAUGAUCAUGGCUGAUAAGGUAAGGCCGGAAGCGAUGGUCUGCGAGGACUCCGGAGUGCGCUAG